ACACCGAGGUGUUCUGUCAUUCGCCGAGUGACCGUCGCGCUGCGCACACGUCGAUAUAUUCGCGCGGUUUAUUUUUGUUUCACUUUUGCCUUUAUACUUUUUACCGUCGAGGACGGGGCGACGAAUCGCUCGCUGCUCGGUGCUAGUGUUAUUACCUGUGACAUUGGUGUGAAUAUAUUUCAAAAUAAUAAUUAGAUUGAUUUGAUCGCAAUAAUGUACAUGUCCGGAUUUUUCAUUUUCUCCUCCGAAUUAACUUCGAGAAUGACGCCACAAGAAGAACGGGAGAACGCGCGCGGGGUCGAGAUCGCAGACGCCUUCGAGGAGGAGAUGUUCGGUCCACCUCGCACCGAGCCUGCCGCACGCCCCAAGCUCUCCAUGAUCUCUGCGAGGCUGCGCGCCAAUGAGGAGCGCAAACGGGUCAUCGAGAUCUGCUCCCAGAAGCUGGAGAACAUCGAGGACCCGGCGCGCGACCUUCGCCGGUCGGUGUGCAUCAAUAACACGUACUGUCGGCUGAGCGAGGAGGCCCGCAAGGAGAAAGAAGCGCGACGGAGGCGCGCGCGCGAGGAGUGCGACGACUCGUGGGCGGGCAAGAAGGCGCGGCGCGAAGUGGAGGACGAGUGCCUUGCACUGUUGGACGCCAUCCCGGAGCUGGGCGACGCGAACCUCGGAUGCGCGCAGUUAGCGCGGCAGCUGCCCCGACAGGACGUGCUGCUGCCGCCCGGCCUGCUCACCGUGCUCGACUCAUGACCGCGCCGCGCCACGCACCUCAACGCGCCGCUGUGACGCCAGCGAUCGGAAUGAGACGCGCUCGAGCCGAACGCGCUCGAAACGUUGACCGUGUUUCCGGACGUGCGCGCUCCAAACGACCCGGAGUGCGCUUCGAGCGAACCGGGUCGCGCUCCGAACGGCGCUCCGCCGCCUCGAGCGACCAGCGCGUCCACGUCACCCGGACACUCAACGUAUAGCCAAUUCUUUGUUGUUUAAGAAGAGUACUUACUUUGUUAGCAUGUUUUUUUUUAUUAUUUAGUGAAAGUUGCUCAGGCGCCGCCGCCGCGAGCGCACCCCAAUUAGUGCUCGAUGAUGGUUCAGUCGGAGGACCCUGAGCGGCGUCCGCCUCAGGACGCUAGGGAGCGAGAAAUCAUCCAGGAAGUGUUGUUGGAUUACAUCGGAGAUAUAGUUCUAAGCCAUAAUGUUACAUUAUUAUAUUGUAUAAUUACUAAAGUAAAUAGUUCAUAAGUGAUAGUGCAAAUUACUGGGAACGGUCGCGGAGGCCUCGAAAGCGUAUGGUUUUUUUACUCGUUUUCUUAUGAUUAUUUUAUAAUAACUUUUAUUUGCGUUGUCGCGUUAGAGAUGGCUAUGUUUAAUAUUUCAAAUGGUAUCUGUUCCUCGCAUUCCGCUAACUUCGAAAGUAAAAGUUGAGCGGCGAGUGAGCUCGGUCGCACGGCGCGCCUGGCGGCCGCCCGGUGGGCCAUCGCCAUUGCAUGUAACGUGUGACUGCGACUGCGACUGGCUACGGCGAGGCGUUCGUUGCUUACUGAAACAAAAGAAAAGCGAGUAUUUUGGAAGUUAUGACGCGCGUCAAGCCAAAGGCAGCUCGUGAGUCUCGCGACCUCACUCGCGGAGAUCGGCAAGGGCAAACGUUUGAGGGCCAACAGCCGAAUGUUUGAUGAAGCAUUGCAUUUUGACGUACGACUCUUAGUAUUGAAUUUGUUUUGUUAUGUUUUGAGUUGAACGUUCUUAUUUUGCUUCUACGUUACCUUAUCUUAUAAUUUACGCCUGUUACCAUACUUUAUUUAAAUCGGUUGAUAAUGUACUUACGUUCGAUUGUGACGUAGCAGCUUAUCGUUAUGAUACUGUAGCAACCGUUUAUUUUGUAACUUGUUUUUGUAAUUGUUAAUUUAUUGUUCGAAUGGGAUGAUCUAUUUUGCGAAACCUUACGGCGUUUUUCUAUUGAAAUCUUAAUUGUCGCAAAAUAUAUCGGUAGUUGCCCGCUUCUCCCCCUUUGAAUAGUAAGUAGGCGCGUCGGGGAGGUCGUUGUGCGGUGGGCGGAGGGGCGGGUUGGGGCGCGCCGUUCCCAGCACUCCUGUGAUAUUAGCCUAGACUCUAUGUCGUGUUCGUGCUAGUUUCCCCAUCUGACGAUUUUUUCAAUAAACAUGUAGUAUGUUUUUUAUAUGGCGUUUGUAUGUUGAUAAGGAAAAUGUAUUAUAUAAUUAAGUGCUUGUGACGCCUCAAAUUAAAUUGUGAAUUGAAUGGUCGACGAAAAUCGGCUGUCAAGCGUGGACUGCAUUUCAGUCAGCAAAUUGUCCAGUUAAAAGAUCGUUCUAUUUAAAGAAUAAGUCAAAUUGUAACCUGUAAGAUCGAGUUGUUAGUGAAAUAUUUAAGAAAAAGACCCUGCAGAAAGGCUUUGAAUGUAAAGUUUCUUUGAAUGUUCGAUGUUAUUGUUCAUUAGGUUUAACGGAAUCACUACCAAAUGUAUUCAGUAAAUCAAUUGUACACGCACACAUAAGAAUUAAGCAGAAAAUGUAUGAGCCACGUUUAUGUUGGCGUAAAACAAAUUUUAUACGCGAGUGAACGACCAAAGUUUCGUGGUAGAUAUUUUAAAUGUAUAAAAAGAUGGAUCAAAGAACUCGCUCGAAAGCGAUUCGUGAGAUUUUAUUGUAAAAUAAUAAAUAAUUUCAUUACCGA